UAAUCUUCUUGCCCAUCACUCUAAUCCGCAGAUGAUUCGCCAAGCACUGCUGCUGCUAUGUACGUUGGCUCUUACGUCGGCCGACUCAGUCCCCGCCCCUUCCUAUGGGGCCCCGCCUCCUCCCUCGUACGGGCCCCCGCCUCCUCCCUCGUACGGGCCCCCUCCCAAGCCCACCCCAUGCUACCCCGUAACCACCACGCUAUAUUCUACUCACGUUCAACAGGUCCCUGUCUACCAAACUCAGUAUAGGACCCAGGUUGUACCCACCACGUUGUACCAAACGCAGUACCAGACACAGUACCAGACGGUGUACAAAACCCAGCAUGUGCCAAACUACAUCACCACCACCCUGUACCAAACCCAGUAUGUCACCACAACAGCUUACGUCACUCAGUACAAGACCCAGUACCAGCCCCAAUACAUCACAACGACACAAUACCAGCCCCAGUACAUCACAACAACACAGUACCAGCCUCAGUACAUCACGACGACGCUGUACGUUACCAAGUACCAGACCCAGUACGUCACAACAACUCAAUACCAACCUCAGUACAUCACAACAACUCAGUACCAACCCCAGUACAUUACAACGACCCAGUACCAGCCCCAAUACAUCACAACAACGCAAUACCGACCCCAGUACGUUACCACAACUCAGUACCAGCCUCAGUACAUCACAACAACACAGUACCGCCCACAGUACGUCACAACAACCCAGUACCAGCCUCAAUACGUCACCACGACGAAUUACGUCACCCAGUACAAGACCCAGUACCAGCCCCAUUACGUCACCCAAACCGUUUGCCCCAAGAAGAUGGGCUACGGAUACUGAGGCGGUUGGCGGAGCGAAGCUGGGAAUCAGCUGGGAGAAGUUUUUGUUUGUUAUCGGUUUUUCUUUCCUUUUUCAUUCCGAAUGCACAACGAGAAUCGUCAAACUCCUUCAAUUUUGUGAUUUGCGAAAUCAUUAACUUAUUAACUAACAUGGAAUGCAUGAUAAUACUUAAGGAUAAAGUGUUUUAGUUGAUCAUCUGUUUUGAAUCAGGAAAAGGGUAUAAUGUAACAAGCCUACUGUAUAUAACAUUUGUCCCAAACUUAAAAGAAAUUAUAUGAUAUUUCGUAA